UACACUUUUACUGAGCCAAGUGUAUUUCAGAUAAGGAACAGGACAAUCUGAGCUUCAGGCCUGUUAAUUACCAGACUAUACAAAAGAGCACAGGACCCAGACUCUUAGCCAAGCAGUGACCUGUGUACUCUUGGACUUCCCAGAAUAGAAGUUAUAAACAGAACCUUCCCUUCUCAGUAUAUUCACUUGUGGCAAGAAGAACAAACAAGAGUCAGCAUGAGUACUACCGGGAAAGUUAUCAAAUGCAGAGCAGCCAUACUCUGGAAGCCUAAUGCACCAUUUUCCAUUGAGGAAGUAGAAGUGGCCCCACCAAAGGCAAAGGAAGUUCGCAUAAAGAUUGUGGCCACAGGGCUCUGUGGUACAGAGAUAAAAAUAUUGGAGAGCAAUACCCAUUAUCCCAUCAUUCUGGGCCAUGAAGGGGCUGGAAUAGUCGAGAGUGUGGGAGAAGGAGUGAACACCGUGAAAACAGGUGAUAAAGUUAUCACACUCUUUCUACCACAGUGUGGAGAAUGUGUCUCCUGCCUUAAUUCCAAGGGCAAUUAUUGUAUGCAAAUCAAACAGUCAUUCACUCACCUGAUGUCUGACGGUACCAGUAGGUUUACCUGCAAGGGAAAACCAAUAUACCACUUUGCUAAUACAAGCACCUUCUCUGAAUACACAGUAAUAAGAGAAAUCUCAGUUGCCAAGAUUGAUAAAGUUGCUCCUCUGGAGAAAGUAUGCCUAAUUAGCUGUGGUUUUUCCACUGGGUAUGGUGCUGCAAUCAAUACUGCCAAGGUAACCCCAGGCUCCACAUGUGCAGUGUUUGGCCUCGGAGGAGUCGGCCUCUCUGUGAUCAUGGGCUGUAAGGCAGCUGGAGCAGCCAGGAUCAUUGGGGUGGACAUCAACAAAGGCAAAUUUGAGAAGGCAAAGGAAUUGGGUGCCACUGAGUGUAUCAGCCCAGAGGACUUCAAGAAACCCAUCCAAGAAGUUUUAGUUGAUAUGACAGGUGCUGGUGUGGAAUUUUGCUUUGAGGUCAUUGGAAAUCCAGAAAUGCUGGCAGCUGCACUGGCCUCCUGCCAUGAGAGCCAUGGGGUCUGUGUGAUUGUUGGGCUCUUGAGGUAUGGUGUCCAAAUCAACAUUGAUGGCUUCUUGUUCUUUUCAGGACGUACUUUGAAAGGAUCUGUUUUUGGAGGCUGGAAAAGCAGAGAGAACAUCUCUAAACUGGUUUCCGAAUAUAUGGCAAAGAAGAUUAAUUUAGAUCCACUAAUUACUCAUAAUAUGAAUCUUGACAAAAUCAAUGAAGCAGUUGAAUUAAUGAAAACUGGAAAAUGUAUCCGCUGUGUCCUGAUACUUUAAGUGCAAUGUAAUGAAUGUAAGAUCUGCAGGAUAUUUCACCAACUAAAUUGCAUUCUGCAUAAUUUCCAUGAUUUAGAAGAAGUAUCACACAAUACUGUUGCUAUUUUCUUGCUUUUGAUGAAUUUAGUAGUGGGCUAAUAUCUGACUUCUGUUCUCACCACCUCAUCAAAAUCUGCCUCAUGUGACCCAAUCUCACCCAGGGAUACCCUCCCUUUUAGAGCUAGAUCAAAGUUAAUUUGAAUCACUGAAUUCCAAACACUUCACACAAGAUAGUCACCCCAAAAAUACUCACAUUUUCAUAGUUGUCUCUAUCUCUGGGUCCAUGUUUCUUUUCACACUAUAUUUCUCACCCCCAUGAUGACCUGCUUAUUUCACAUUAAAGAAACAAAACUCAUCAUUCAUGAGUUUAUUGAACAUUCAGUUUGAAGCAAGCUGAUAGAAGUGGAGGUGGAGUCUUUAUUACAUCAACUUAAAUAAAUCCCAGUUAAACACUAAGUAUUUCAUUCUUAAUAUUACUCACCCCAGAAAAACUUCAACUGGUAUUUCACCUUAUAUAACCUAGCCUGAAACCACCACUUAUAAUAUCUCUGUGGUACUCACCUCUUCUCUCAUAAAUUGCCAAAGGAACUUCAAAUUGUUCUUUAAUUGACCAGGACAAUUUAGCUCUCAGCAGUUCAUAUUACCUGGCUUUAUAAACAAGCCCUCUGGAAUUCAACAGAAAGAGAAAAGGGCUUGAGGGGAAGUUUUAUUCAUUGUUAGGAUCUAUGGUUCCUGGGAGGCAGCUGUGGUUUUAAGCAGUAAAACUGGCUAUUAUUCCACUCUGCAAGGAAAGAAAGGAUAGUUGCAUAGUUCAAUAUGAAGAUCUGUCACAGAGUCUUUUCUCCAAGGGGAUGAAAGAAAGACAAGAUCCAGUAGUGAUUUGUGGCAUCCAAUCCCUCUCUACCCAUGCCCCAACCCCUCUGCCUUAAUCUCUCUUAAUUCUCCUAGAAUCUGGGGUGAGAUUGAGCCCUUUUGGUAUAUGGCUUCUUUCCUAUCCCCUUGAUAUAGAUAGAAUCUCUUUCUAACCCUCUCCCCCAGUACACACACCAGGAGCUCCCUUCCUAUUUAAAGUCUCUUCUGCUGCAACUUGGGCUUCCCUACAUCUAAAGCCACUGGAUCAGACAGGGGUCCCGCAAGGAAAAGAGGAUUAACUUAAAUUUCAACCAAUAAUUUCUUUUUGUAUCUGAUGUGCUGUUUACUGUCAACACUUUGUCCAAACACAGUUGUCCUUAGGGCCUUUCCCCCUCCCACCUACAAAUUUAAAAAAAUGGCUUAUACAUUGAUUUAAUUCAACCUGCUAUCUGUAUUAGAAUCAGAGAAGGGACCUGGGUCCCUGUCAACUGCCACUACUGACUGCCUCCUCUCUGAUUUAUUAUAAAGAGUAUUUUGACGAAGACAGAGGGCUCAGGAUAGGGUAUGCCCUAUCAGGGUUGCUCCUGCCAACAAGGAUGAAGCACUUUCCUUCUCCAUCUUCCCAAGUCUGAGCUGGAAUUUCCAUGCCCAACCCUGCUCUGCUCUUCUAUUCCAUGAGGGGAAGCCAGGGUGUGCUCCUACUCUGCCUGUCAAAAUAACCUUAUUAACAGUGAGGACUUGGAGAAGUCUUCAGGUCCAGGGAGGUCUGAGUUUGCCCAAAAAUGUUUUGCUAUCAACAGCAUCCACACUCCGCUUCAAGAAAGCGUAAUUCUUUUUUAUCGUUUAUUUGUAUUGUAUUUUUCCAUGACCAUUUGUCCCCCUUACACCCUUCUCCACCCUCCACCCACUUUAAAGCCCAAUUAUGUAAGCUUCUUUGAAUAUCUCUUUGUGUUGCAGCUCAUUGCAAAACUCUCUUAUCCAAUCACAAAGACAAACUUUUUCUCCUUUCUGUUGAUACACAGCCAAAAACAUUACACAAGUGCCAGUAACUAUCCACAUCACUGAAUACCCACUCAUUGUUGUUUCUGGACACAUUUAAGUGUCCAGUUCCAGCCACAAACCAAAAUCCUUCUUUCCUUCCUGGGCACUGUACUUCCCUGGAUAGGCACUCACAUGGGUAGUUUAUGGUGUCUAGUCCCCAGACCCACAGUGGGAGCCCUGCUGCCAGGGAGAACCACAGUCCACAUCUCUUGCCUGCAUAAUGAAAAACUUUAAGUAUUUUCAGAUUUCUACCUGCAAACAAGAAUAAUUAUAUCUGGGCUAUCACCCAAACAUUAAUAAAACAAGUAUGUCCAUAUAA